GGGGCACCGGGUACCCGCUGCCCUCCUGGAAACGGGGUGAAAAGAGGCGAUUUCUGUCCUGCCUACCCAAAAAGCGAUGGCAGAGGAGCCGAUCGUGCCGGUGUACUGCACCGGCGUUUCGGCGCAGGUGCAACGGCAACGGGCGAAGGCGUUGGGGUUGGGUCGGCACGAGAACGCGGUGCGGUACCUGGGGCAGGACUACGGACGGUUGGUGGAGGAAUGCCGGCGUUCCGGCACCCUUUUCCGCGACGAAACCUUCCCGCCGGCUCCCACUUCCCUCGGCUUCCGCGAGCUCGGCCCCGGCAGCGCCAAAACCUACGGUGUCCAGUGGAAGAGGCCGACGGAGCUGUGUCCACGCCCGCAGUUCAUCGUGGACGGAGCCACGCGCACCGAUAUCUGCCAGGGAGCGCUGGGUGACUGCUGGCUGCUGGCAGCCAUUGCCUCCCUCACGCUCAACGACACCAUCCUUCACCGCGUGGUGCCGCACGGGCAGAGCUUCCAGCACGGCUACGCCGGCAUCUUCCAUUUCCAGAUCUGGCAGUUCGGCGAGUGGCUGGACGUGGUGGUGGACGACUACCUGCCCACCAAAGACGGCAAGCUGCUCUUCGUGCACUCCGCCGAAGGCACCGAGUUCUGGAGCGCCUUACUGGAAAAAGCCUAUGCCAAGGUGAACGGCUGCUACGAGGCGCUGUCGGGCGGCAGCACCUCGGAGGGUUUCGAGGACUUCACUGGCGGCGUGACCGAGUGGUACGACCUGCGCAAGCCUCCCGGGGAUCUCUACCAGAUCAUCCUCAAGGCGCUGGACCGCGGCUCCCUGCUCGGCUGCUCCAUUGACAUAACAAGUGCCUUCGACAUGGAGGCGGUGACGUUCAAGAAGCUGGUGAAGGGACAUGCGUACUCAGUGACGGGGGCCAAGCAGAUCAACUACCGCGGACAGUCCCUGGGCCUGAUCCGUAUGCGCAAUCCCUGGGGAGAAGUGGAGUGGACAGGACCGUGGAGCGACAACUCGUCCGAGUGGAACGCGGUGGAGCCAUCACUGAGGCAGCAGCUGAUGGUGAAGAUGGAGGAUGGUGAAUUUUGGAUGUCCUUCCGGGAUUUCCUGCGGGAAUUCACCCGCCUGGAGAUCUGUAACCUCACCCCGGACGCUCUCCAAUCCCGCAAAUUCCGCAAGUGGAACACGCGGCUCUACGACGGGACGUGGCGGCGCGGCAGCACGGCCGGCGGUUGCAGGAACUACCCCGCCACUUUCUGGAUAAACCCACAGUUUAAGAUCCAGCUGGAGGAGGUGGAUGACGACAGGGAUGAGGACGGCGGGCGUGAGCCCGGCUGCAGCUUCCUGCUGGCGCUGAUGCAGAAGCACCGGCGCCGCGAGCGCCGCUACGGCAAGGACAUGGAGACCAUCGGAUUCGCCGUCUACGAGGUUCCUCCCGAGUAUGUGGGGAAAUCGGGCGUCCACCUGAAGCGGGAUUUCUUCCUGGCCAACGCCUCGCGCGCCCGCUCGGAGCAAUUCAUCAACCUGCGGGAGGUGAGCACCCGGUUCCGGCUGCCACCGGGGGAGUACAUCGUGGUGCCCUCCACCUUCGAACCCAACAAGGAAGGAGAUUUCGUUCUCCGCGUCUUCUCCGAGAAGAAAGCCGGCACCGAGGAAAUGGAUGACAAGAUCCAGGCAACACUGCCGGAUGAGAAAGUGCUCUCCGAAAGCCAAAUCGAUGACAACUUCAAGCAGCUCUUCAAGCAGCUGGCGGGGGCGGACAUGGAGAUCAGCGUCACGGAGCUUCAGACCAUCCUCAACCGGAUCAUCAGCAAACAUAAAGAUCUCCGGACCAAAGGCUUCAGCACCGAGUCUUGCCGUAGCAUGGUCAACCUCAUGGAUAAAGACGGCAACGGGAAGCUGGGACUGGUGGAGUUCAACGUGUUGUGGAACAGAAUCCGCAACUACCUGGUGGGUCGGGGUGGCAGGAGUAGCAUGUUUUGGGGUGAGGUGGGGAGGUUUUGGGGGUCUCUAUCCUCAUGGGUGACCCCCUUUUUUGGGGGGGUGUUUGGCUUGCAGGCCAUCUUCCGCAAGUUCGACCUGGACAAGUCCGGCAGCAUGAGCGCCUACGAGAUGCGGAUGGCACUGGAAGCAGCAGGCUAUAAAUUGAACAAAAAGCUGCACGAGCUGAUCAUCACCCGCUACGCGGAGCCCGACCUGGCCAUCGACUUCGACAACUUCGUCUGCUGCCUCGUGCGCCUGGAGACCAUGUUCCGGUUUUUCCAAGCAAUGGACGUGGACCAGGACGGCGUCGUCACCUUUGACUUGCUGCAGUGGCUACAGCUCACCAUGUUCGCCUGACCAGACCUCCCAACCCUCCGAGUGCCUUCGUGGGAGAACCGUGCCGCUUUGCCUCAGGGCGAAUCCCACCAGCCCCCCUCGACCCACCAGGUGCUGAGGAGCGCUGCCACUUGACGCAAUGCCUUUAUCUCUCAGGUGCAAAAAAACCAUA